GCGAAGGACCGCGACGAGGAGCCGGAGCAGACCGACCAGGCAGAGGCCAAGGGGGACGAGAAGGCGGAGGUCGAGGGUGACGACAAGCCCGACCGGGCCGAGAAGGACAAGCAGGGCCCCAGAAAGAAAGCCGCCAAGAAGGCGACAGCGGCCGAGGACAAGGAGGCCAAGAAGGCAGAGGCCGAGGGUGACGAGAAGGCCAAGCAGGCCGAGAACGACCAGCAGGGGCCCGCAAAGAAAGCCAACAGGGCAAGAGCGGCCGAGGACAAGCAGGAAGCGGACUUCCGGGAGUGCUUCGCGAUUCUCAACUCUGCGAAUCUCGUCGAGUUUUUUCCGCCAACCCUGGAGGAGUUCCUGGAG